AUGGAUUCGGGACUGCCAACCCCUCAACCUUAUCGCGAUUUGUUGCCACGAAGCACCCAAUCAUCUACUACAAAAGUUUUCAUGAAAAGUAUGGAUCAACAUAAGAGACCAGAGCGGACUUCACCGGAAUGGGCCACCAUUUACCCUCAUGUCUGGAGUAUGUAUCAGAUACAGGGCUUUAAACUACGCGAAAUCAUGACACAUAUGGAGUUUACAUAUGGAUUUAAGGCUACGAGGCAAAUGUACAAAAAGCAAUUUAGAAAAUGGGGGCUUGCAAAGAGAGCCCAGCGCGAAGCGACCAGCGCGGAAACUCGGAGUCAGAAAGAACAAGUGCGACGUCAAUACUUGCUCUCACGGCAGAAGAUCCAUGCCAUGGGAACUAUGCAACAAUCUCAACGGCGAGAUAUCUCACGUCCGAGAAUUGUUUUGGGACCAAAUGCUCACACACCGGAAAGAGAACUUCAGCAAGUUUUAACAACCAUCUCCAGCUGGGUCUAUGGUGUCGUUGAUAUGGGCGAAAUAAAAACCAGCACAUGUUCUUCAAGCAUAGAAAUGUACCAGACAUUUACACUUGCAAUGGAACUUUUCUCUCUAGACUACGGUUCUCUUGCUGGUUUAGCGAUUCGCAAGGUAUUUCUCCAACUGGAGGAUGCGAUUCAACAUUCUUACAUUGAUCUUGCAUGGAACCUCGUUGAUAUAAUAUACGAGUUGACCAUGGCCGGACAAAACCAGCUCCUAGGUAUUUUUGUUAGGCAUUUGUAUUCUGUUGCUCAGCAAAAACUUCAAGCUGAGCAUCCACUGAAAAGAUUUGCCUAUCUGAUGUUCAGACAAAAUGCAUAUCAGCUCAACUUGAUUCGACUAUACAAUUCGAAGAUACUAGAUCAGUUAACAGGACAUGUUAGCUCUGAAUUUUAUAGAAAGGAGCUUCAUGAUUCAUGCAUAGUGCGUUUACAGCGCCAGGCGUGUCUUGUUCCAGAUAUCUUUGUCACAGGAAUUUGGACUUUAAAACGAAGUCACAUAAACAUCGAAGGGUAUGCCCAGCUUUGGGACACAUUUCUGUCUAGACGACCACAGCCUUCACAACUUCUGAGAAUUGAUGUUGGGGAAAUCAGAUCUCUGGCCACCGAACUACUUCUGAAAGAGAUACUAUGGCAUGAGGACGAAAUAUAUCGCGAUAAAAUUAUCCUAGAUGCAAAAAGACGGCUUGCUUGGAUCGAAUUGAAUGAUGGAGGUGUCCUCUCUGGCCAAAUCAAUGACAAUAAAGACAAACCAGCUGCAUGCGGCAAAUUCCAAAAAGAGGAAGCGACUUCGGCUUUACAUGUAUUACAUGAAAUGUUGGCUAUUGAGAGGCAUUUCCGACUGGCUUGUUUGGAGAAUGAAGCUGAUCAGCUAAGGGAAGACUUGAUUAUAAAAGUGGGAAAUUUUCUCGACGACAUAUUACACGACAAAAGUUUAAUUGAACUAUAG